AUGGACGUGACGGUUAGAGAUGUCGAUCAGGAGCUCGAUAAUACGAAUCAAAUGGGUGUUAUAGAAUAUUUAUACACUAAAGGAGCAAAAUUACAUCAACGAGAUGAAGAGGGCAGAACAAGUUUGCACCAUGCUGUUAUGAGACGAUCGUGUCUUGAAAAUGCAAAACAAUUGAUUACGUUAAUAAAAGAACAUGAACGUAGAAAUGAUGUGAUGGCAAGUGGAAAAAAGAAAAAGAUAUUAAAUGAACAAGAAGAAUCGUUAAUUAAUGCACGAGAUGCUCAAAAUGGAACACCGCUUCAUUUCGUAUGCCGUUUUGUUGAUACUGAUGCACAAGAUAAUGUCUCAGAAAAUAUCGUACAAUUACUUAUUGAUAGUAGAGCACAGGUGGAUGCUGUAGAUAAAAAUUAUUGUACCCCGUUACAUUAUUGUUCUCGUCGACAAUUUGGAGUUGCAAAUGUGAUAACGUUGCUAAACGUUGCUGCACAAAAAGAACAACAACUAAAUAAUUCAAUAAAUAUGAAAUCAGCAACAGUUCAAGAAUAUAUUGAAAUGCAAGAUAAAAAUAACAAUACCGCAUUAUGUUUAGCAGCUGAACAUGGUUGUGAAGAAACUGUUAAAAUUCUAUUGAAGAACAAAGCUCAACGUAACGCACGAGGAAAAGAAUUUUAUCAACCAAUACAUUUAGCAGCAAAAUCCGGUAAUGUCAGAGUAUUAGACAUUUUAUUAGAUGAUGCAUCAAUGAAUGUUCAGAAGUUACCAGUAACAUCAAAUAAAGAAACACCAUUACAUGUUGCGUGUCAAUAUAAUCGUACGGGUGCUGUACAAUAUUUAAUACAAUCACUUACACAGAAUAAAACAAGCAUUACAGAUCAUAUUGAACACGCUGACAAUAAAGAUUAUACGCCUCUGUUAACAGCUGCCUAUUAUGAUCAUAUUGAUUGUGUUAAAGCAUUAGUUAAAAAUGGUGCUAUUAUGACCGAUGUUAAGGAUGAUGAAGAAAGAAAUAUAUUACAAAUAUGUGCUAAACGACUAAGUAUAAAUGUUUUAAAAGAAAUUUUGGUUCAAAUCCCUGAAGGAAAACUACAUGAGAUGGUCAAGAAUUGUGAUAAAUUUGGUAAUAAUCCGUUGCAUUCAAUUGGUCGAGCCAAUAAUAGUCACAUACAUUCGCCUGGUAUUGAAAAAAAAGAAGUAGAAGUAUGUCAAUUAUUAUUAAAUACAUUCAUGGGUAAGCAACAAUCAUCUACAAUAGAGUCAGAAAGAGAUACCGGUCCAGCAUUUUUUAAACAUUCAAUUGAAAUGAUAACGAAAAGAAAUAACGAUUAUCGAACACCAUUACAUGAAGCAUGUUUAAGAGGAAAAGUGGCAUUUAUACAAUAUUUGUUAGAAAAAAUUAUAACCAAAGAGCGACACAGUUUAUUAGAAGUUGUUGAUGAUGAAUUGAAAACCGCCUUACAUAUUGCUGCUGAUGUUGGUCAAGUUGAAAUUGUCAAACUGUUAAUUGAAUAUGGUGCAAAUAUUGAAGCACGAGAUAUGAAUGAUUCAACGCCAUUACACGGAGCUUGUUCUAGAAAUCAAUAUCGUUGUGCUAAAUUAUUAAUUAAAAAUUAUGCGCCAUUAGAUGAUAUUGAUGAAAAAGGUUGUACACCACUUCAUCUGGCAAGUAUGAAUGGUCAUCGAAAAAUUGUGAAACUUCUACUUGAAAGUAAGGCUAAUGUAACAAUUCAAAAUACAAAAGAAUUGAACAGUUUAGAAGUAGCCAUACUGAAUGAUCAACAAUUUGUUGUACAAGAAUUUAUUUCACAUACAUCAUGGAUGAAAUCAAUGAAAAAUGCUCAAUUGAAAACAUUUGUCACCGAUCAUGAACCAGAAAUAGAUACACCAUUGCGAAAAUUAAUUCGUUUAAUGCCAGCAAAAGCUGAAGAAGUUUUGAAACGUUGUAUAACAAGAUUGGGAAAUGAAGAAACAAGAGAUUAUACAGUACGUUACAAUUAUGAAUUAUUGGAAGAUCAAUUUGCCGGUUGGGUACCAGGUAAUGAGAAGAAAAAAGGUAGUUCUGCUGAAAAACGACCAUCAAAAAGUUGGCAUUUGUGGAUUAAUAAUUGUCUAAUGAGACGGCCUAAUUCCAUUUCGGUUGAACAAUCAGCUGAUCAACAAUCGACAACAUCAUUAUUGUCAUCACAUGAACACAAACGUAACGUACUACAACAUAAUCAUCCAUUAUAUAUAAUGGCUAUUAAUGAACGUGAAGAUUUAAUUAAAAAUGAAUUAGUUGAUCGUUUAAUACAACGUAAAUGGUCACAAUUUACGCGUUUGGUAUUCAUAAUAACAUUAACAUUUUAUUUAUGGUUUUUGGCUUGUUUUACGGCCACAAUAUUAAAUGUAAAACAUUCCCAAUACUAUUAUUUGCUGUUCAAUUAUAACGUAACUGAUACAACAUGUCAAACUAUAGCGAAUUUAUUACAAAAUUCACAACAAAAUCCGUCUGGUGAUGGUUUAAAACAGCCAUCAGAUUAUGUUUUAAAAUAUAUGUUAUUAGGUCUGAUUGCAUUUCAUCUAUUCAAAUUUCUCUAUUUAAUUAUUCAACAUUGGCAAUAUGUACUUUCUAAAAGCAAUCUUUUAGAAUUAACAUCAUUAGCUUUGUGUUUGUACUAUUCACAAGAUUGGUAUUCAUGGCAAAUGAGUGUUAAACUAAGAUGUCCAGAGCAAUGGUCAGUUGGUAUAUUACUAUCAUGGUUAACAUUAAUAACAUAUAUUCAAUUUACUCCCACACACGGUUUAUUUAUUGCGAUGUUAGAAAUAAUAAUAUCGAAUUUUCUAUGGUUUUUUCCCAUUCUGUUAUUAUUAGUUGUAUCAUUUGGCUUUUCCUACUACAUGCUAUUACAGAAUCAACUUAUAUUCAUAACACCGAUCGAAUCGAUAAUUCGUUCUUAUAUGAUGCUAAACGAUGUUGGUUAUGAAUCUCAUAUGUACACAGAUUCGACUGGUCUACCUAUCUAUCGUCCAAUUACUUUCAUUAUAUAUAUUAUUUACGCAUCAUUAAUGUUUAUAUUGAUAAAUAAUCUGUUGAUAGGUUUUGCUGUUGGUGAAAUUGGACCAAUGAUGAGUCGGGCUAAAUUUAAACGUAGUCAAUUAAGAAUUAUAUUGAUAAGUGAAUACGAAGGUAUUAUGCCAAUGAAAUUAUUACAAUAUUUUGCAAAAAAAAAUAAAAAUGAAGUUGUACUACCACAUAAAACAAAAUGGUAUAACAAACCAUUUCAUGCAAUGAAACGAUUUUUUGAAGGUAAUAAAAAAAAAGAAUUAUGCGACGAACAAACAACAGAUGACUCUAAUCGAGAACAAUUAGAUAAUAUUGCGCUUGAUCAAGAAAAAACCAAAGAAGAUAUUCAAAAAAUACAAAAUGAUAUUAAAGAUAUACAAGUAUAUAUGAAACAAAUGAAUGAACAAAUAUGCUCGAAAUUUGAUAAAUUAAUUAAAGAAAAGAUGUCGUAA